CUCGCCGCAAGUUAUCCACAGCAUAGAGGGCACAACGAAAUUGCCAAUGUAAUGAUCACAGCAAAUGGGGGUUUGCUGAUGGUAUGGUGUGAGUUUUGAGCCACAGAGAGCCACGGGUGAGGUGCCCAUUCAACACUCCACUGUCAGGAGGGGGUUUCGGACGUGUCCUGAUCUCUCCCGCAGUGUGGCCAGAGAAGAGCAGCCAUGCCUCCACCCUCUGACAUCGUCAAAGUGGCCAUCGAGUGGCCCGGCGCCAACGCCCAGCUGAUCGAGAUCGACCAGAAGAAGCCCCUGUCCUCCAUCAUCAGGGAGGUUUGUGAUGGCUGGUCUCUGUCUGGCUCGGAGCAGUUCGCCCUACGCUACGCCGACGGUCCUCAGCUCUACAUAACAGAGCAGACUCGUGGCGAAAUCAAGAAUGGGACCAUUCUCCGCCUGGCCAUUUCUCCAACCCGCGCCGCCCGGCAACUCCUGGAGAGGAUCCAGUCCCACGGGAUCGACGCCCGGCUGGAGGCCCUGAAGGAGCUGGCCAAGCUGUCCGCCGACCCCACCUUCGCCACCGAGUUCAUUAACAUGGAGGGCAUCGGGACCCUGGCGCGGCUGGUGGAGAGUGGCACGCACUUCGGGGAGAUGCUGGCGUUCACUCUCACUGCUUUCCUGGAGCUCAUGGACCACGGCAUCGUGUCCUGGGACCUCAUCUCGCUGUCCUUCAUCAAGCAGAUCGCCGGCUACGUCAACCAGCCCAUGGUGGACGUGUCCAUCCUGCAGCGGUCGCUGGCCAUCCUGGAGAGCAUGGUGCUCAACAGCCACAGCCUCUACCACCGGGUGGCGCAGGAGAUCACCGUGGGACAGCUCAUCGCACACCUGCAAGUAUCCAAUCAGGAGAUCCAGACUUACGCCAUCGCUCUCAUCAAUGCCCUGUUCCUCAAAGCGCCUGAGGAUCGGAGGCAGGAGGAGCAUACUAACCCUCUGGACCUGCGGCUCACUGAGAUGGCGAGCACCCUGGCGCAGAAACAUCUGAGAUCCAUCAUCCUCAAUCACAUUAUUCGCGGCAACCGGCCAAUCAAAGCUGAGAUGGCGCACCAGCUGUACGUGCUCCAGGUGUUGACCUUUAACCUCCUGGAGGAGCGCAUGAUGACCAAGAUGGAUCCCAGUGACCAGGCUCAGAGGGACAUUAUCUUUGAGCUGCGCAGGAUUGCCUUCGAUGGGGAGAACGACCCGGUCGGCACAGAGAAACGCAAGGCCAUGUACACCAAGGACUACAAGAUGCUGGGCUUUACUAACCAUGUGAACCCUGCCAUGGACUUCACACAGACGCCCCCCGGUAUGCUGGCCCUGGACAACAUGCUGUAUCUGGCCAAGCUGCACCAAGACACCUACACCAGGAUCGUCCUUGAGAACAGCAGUCGUGAGGACAAACACGAGUGUCCCUUUGGGCGCUGCGCUAUCGAGCUCACCCGCAUGCUGUGCGAGAUCCUGCAAGUGGGAGAACUGCCCAAUGAAGGCUGCAACGACUACCACCCCAUGUUCUUCACACACGACCGCGCCUGGGAGGAAUUCUUCUGCGUCUGCAUUCAGCUGCUCAACAAGACCUGGAAGGAGAUGAGGGCCACGGCCGAGGACUUCAACAAGGUGAUGCAGGUGGUGCGGGAGCAGAUCACCCGGGCCCUGGCCAUGAAGCCGUCCUCGCUGGACCAGCUGAAGAGCAAGCUGCGCGGGCUGAGCUACGCCGAGAUCCUGCGACUGCGUCAGUCCGAGAGGAUGAGCCAGGACGACUUCCAGUCCCCGCCCAUCAUUGAGCUCCGUGAGAGGAUCCAGCCUGAAAUCCUGGAGCUGAUCAAGCAGCAGCGCCUCAACCGGCUGUGUGAGGGGAGCUGCUUCCGCAAGAUGGGGAACCGCCGCAGGCAAGAUAAAUUCUGGUUCUGCCGCCUGUCACUCAACCACAAGGUGCUGCACUAUGGAGACCUGGAUGAGCCUCCACAGGGGGAAGUGCCCUUUGAGCUGCUCACCGACAAGAUCCCAGUGUCUGACAUCAAGUCUGUGGUGACGGGGAAGGAGUGUCCCCACAUGAAAGAGAAGAGUGCACUGAAGCAGAACAAGGAGGUCCUUGAGCUGGCCUUUUCCAUUCUGUACGACCCUGAUGAGGCCCUCAACUUUGUUGCCCCUAACAAGUAUGAGUACUGUAUCUGGACGGAUGGGUUGUGUGCACUGCUCGGGAGGGAGAUGGGCAGUGACCUCACGCGCAGUGACCUUGACACCCUCAUCAGCAUGGAGAUGAAGCUCCGCCUCCUGGACCUGGAGAACAUCACCAUACCCGAAGCCCCGCCCCCUGUUCCCAAGGAGCCCAGCACAUACAACUUCACCUACAACUAUGGCUGAAGAGGGUGUCGGGGGUUGUGGUGCGGGUGGGUGGGGGUGGCUAUAAAGGAUUGGAGGUUCAAGUGGGGAGGGUGUUGUGUAGCCAUGGGCUGGGGGGGUGGAGUGAAACAGAAAUAAAGGGAAUGGGACAGGGGUCGGGGAGACUGACUCAGCCCCUACACAAAACUCCUCUUCCCAUAAAAAGUGAGGAGUGAAAAUGCCCACUGGUGGUUUGAGGGCAGGGUACGUAAGGAUAGGAAUUAACACUAAUUAAAGAGUAUUGCCAAAAUGCAAAACUGUCUUGAUAAUAUGCACAUAUUCUCAAAAUACAUCCCUGUAUUUCCUUUUUUACAUGGUUUUAAGCUUUGUGUAGGCCAUCUCUAUAGACUCUUUCAACUGUUGAAUCAAAACAUGUCUAGUGUUGAUUUUAAGCAAGUUUAACAAGGCUCUAUCAGAGCGUUCAGUGUUUGGGCAAAGCUGUUGCCUCAAUAGCGCCACCUGUUUGUGUGGAGCAGUACUGUAGGGGCUGGGUCUUUCCUAGGAUGGCUUCAAUCUCCUUUCCUCUUGCAUCUUUCACUACUAAUAUUCAUUGAUGUUUGUUAUUCAGAAUAGAUUCUAUUUUUGUAAUUGAUUAUGUGAAAUCUAUGCGAGCUCUGAGAAGGGAUACCAAGAAGACAGAUUUCCAGCAACUACCUGAUAUCUGUCCAAAAUGGGAGGUGUGGACUGAUGAGAACAGGAACAGGAACACCAUCUUUUCCUCUUCUUUUUCGAGCUCUUGGACUUGGCAGUCAGUCAGUAACAUGCUUAAUCAUUUGUUUUUUAGUCCUGUGUAAUCGCUUUAAAGGCAAACAACUGGUUAGCUGUCCUCUUUCCAUUUGAAAGCAGUUACCUGCAGUGUAGCCUUUCCUGGUGAGGGUAUACUGAGACACUAUACGAUAGGAACUUGUACUAUGUUGACAUUUUGCACCUCCACAAAAUGUAGUCAGUCUGAGGCAGUCAACCAAGGGUAUACGGUAUAUCCUGUAGCAGCUUUCCAUAUUGCAGCUAAGAUUUCCACGGGUGCCAUGGUAGUUAACAUCCCAGCAUGAACCCCAUUCAGCAGCUGAGCAGGUUUACCUACUGAGGUAUAAAUACAAGAAAAAGAUGUGGAACAUGGGAGUGUGCCCUGAUGACAUUUUUACUUGGCCCACAAGUGAGAAAAUGCACCUCCUCCUCAAUGCACCAGCUGUUUUGAUAAAUAAAAAAAUUAGAUUCAUUGCCUUUGUGGAGAUGGCUCUCAGCUUUUAUCUUUUGUCUAAAUCAGAAUGCAUGAAAUAAGUGUCCUUUACAGUAUGUGUUUGGUGCUGUAUAUGUGCAGGAAACAUAUCCCUCAGUUGUAACUGGUUGUCUGAUCUCAUCUUCGUUUUCUGGUUUCCACUGUGCUGAGGUGGGGUUGGGGGUCAUCCACCAGUAGUAUCAAGGCAUUUUUGCUUUAUUUAAAAUGGUGUAAGUAAACUGUGUUUACUGCAACUGUGUUGCAGUGUUUAAAGAACGGGGGUGUUGUAAGUGCCAAAAAAAAAAGUGAAUUGUUUUUGUCUCUAACCAUAUUUGUCUUUCAGAGGGGUGCUUUUGAGUUUUGCUCUUAAUUUCACUUGUUUCAGUUGUGUGUUGAAACUUGUCAGCCAAUGAAUGUUACUUUCAUUGUACACACAAAAAACAUUUCCCUUCCUGCAUCGGGGCAUUCCUGCACAUCAUAGCAUGUUUGGCAUGCGCCAAAUAAGUGAAAAGAUGCUGAAAUGGCAUAUUAUGACGCUUUCCUUGUUUCGUGUAAGCUUAUUUUUGCUGUAGAUGUUUUGGUGGACCCCCCAGUACCCAUGAUGUUACAACGAGGGGGGGGGUAUAGAUUUUGUUGUGAAGCAGAGUGGGUGCACUCUGGAGGAGUGGGACAUAGAACAUGAGUGAUUUAAGGCACUGUGCUGGGAGAGGCAAGUGCCCCUCCCCUCAGGAUGGACAGGGAAUAACUCCUGCUUAUGGACUAGUCGUAGGCAUUCAUCUGCUUAUCUGCUUGUAUCCUUAUGUCCUUUCCCAGACAUGGUCCGCAUGGUGGCAGCCUCAUAUAUGAUUGUUCAUUUGUCACAUCCAUGAAAUCAGGGUAGCGGUUAGGAAACCAGACUUGUACAAAGAAGGUUUUUGCUUUGAAGUUGGGGUGGAACAGUACAAUUGUAUCUUUGUACUUGGUACUUGCACCUGAAUAACCCCAUGAACAGUAUGACUUUUCAGUACAAAUGUACUUUUCAGUACAAUGUCAUGUAUCACCCCAAGCAAUGCAAGUUACAUAAGAACGACAACUUGGUGCAUAAGUUCUUCUGGUAUUGUCUCAGCUGUUCGCCUCACUGAAAGUGGACAGAUUCCUUUAAUCACAUUUUUGUCUUGGUAUAUGAUGAUGUCAUUUGAAGUUUCUCAGUGCAUCUAAAUAAUCCUCUGAAAACAAUCUGAGGUUAUGUGAGAUAUUGCUCAGGACAGCUGAAUGUCCUGCUAAUUUCAGUUAAAUUACUGAAAUGGAUACUGACAGAUGUUUGAUAUAGACUGCCAACAGGAGGGGGCACAUCUGUAAAGUCUUGGUACCAUUUUACAUGACUUAUUCAGACUUGAGUAACCAUAAUCUUGUUAACGCUAGUGAUAAUAGUGAAUGACCUGUUGUUAAUAAAGAAAUAAAACAUUUUUAAAUAUGUAUAAAUAUGCAUAUAUAAAUC